UUUUUUGGAAUGACCAUGACCUGGAUGACUGAGAAUCUUCAGCAGCUUUUGACACCAGGUUAAAUGUGGAAAAGGCUGCGAACUGAUGGAUGCUGGUCUGUUUCUACUGCGUAGACAGCAGCAGUGUGUCGUGGAGCUGAGUAAACAGGAAGUGACGCAUCAACCAAAGGGCCAGUAAUAUGAACCAGUUCUCUGUAAUCUGAACCAGUUCUCUGUAAUCUGAACCAGUUCUCUGUAAUCUGAACCAGUUCUCUGUAAUCUGAACCAGUUCUCAGUAAUCUGAACCAGUUCUCUGUAAUCUGAACCAGUUCUCUGUAAUCUGAACCAGUUCUCUGUAAUCUGAACCAGUUCUCUGUAAUCUGAACCAGUUCUCUAUAAUCUGAACCAGUUCUCUGUAAUCUGAACCAGUUCUCUAUAAUCUGAACCAGUUCUCUGUAAUCUGAGCCAGUUCUCUGUAAUCUGAACCAGUUCUCUGUCGUUUGUCUCUGACUAGCGGCUCUAACGUUAAAAUCUCCAUCAGUUUUAUCUGUGAAAACAUCAAACUGAGUUCUUUGGUCCGCUUGGUUUUUGAGCUCAGCGACUUGCUUCGCCGCACAAGAGAAAAUAAUCUUCUUAUCCCUUCUUUGGUUAAUUAUGAAAUAAAAAACUCAUUAAACUUAGAUUUAGACUUUAUUUUCGUUUUGUAUUAAACGUUAAUCAGGUUGACUGGUGGUUCUUAGAAAAAGGAAGUCUGUCUCCUGGAAUCUCCUCGGCGCUCCUGAGACGCUGCGGCCCGUGUGGAGGCCCCGUCCUGGUGGAGCUGCUGGUGCAACGCUCCGUAGGGUCCAAGGUGGCUCCUCAUGCUGUCAGGAGUGACUCUGACUAUAAUCAGAUGCAAAAACUGCUGAAAGGCAGUAAAAAACCAACAAAAAACAAGGAGAGGUGAAAAACUGCCUGGCCUCCACCUGCAGAAUCGAUCCAGUUGUUGAUUGAUCUCCACCAGAACAGCCGACCUCCUCUACUGAACAAUAUUCCAGACGUUUAACCGACGUUUAACUGACUUGAAACUCUGAUUAGAAAGCGUUGCUUUAACUUGUUGAGCUGUUUAUUAUCCAUAAAUGUCAGUUUAUAGAGCCCAGAUGGAGAGGAUCCCUGGCUUGAACGUGAGCAGCACUAGGACCCUGGGUGCCACAGCAGUAAAUAUAGCAGCAGCAGCAGGAGGAGGAGGAGGACUGUGUGUCAUGUUGGUCGCAGCAGUUGGGGGUCAAUGAGGAGGUUUGAAGGCGCCGGAUCGGCCGCAGCCGUCGGUCUGCAGGAACAAACGGGGAGCACCUUCCUGUGAGGAGAAGCCUUCAGAGAACCAGGAGGAGCCUUCAGAGAACCAGGAGGAGCCUGCAGACCAGCUGCAGGUCAGCAGGAGAGAGAGAAAGGCAGCUGUUGGCUGUGGGUGGUAAGGAGGCCUGUGAGGGUCAGACCAGGAUGCUGCAGCUGUGUAAAGUCACCAGCGCCCUGUUCAUCAGCAACGCCCGCUCCGCCUGCAGCGACGAGCUCCUCCAGCAGGAGGCGGUGACGCUCUGCAUCAACGUCACCAAGCAGCAGCCGUUCCCGGCCGCCGGCGGCGUCGCCAAGCUGCAGGUCGCCGUCUACGACGACCCCGGCGAGGACCUGUACAGCCACUUCGACCGCUGCGCCGACGCCAUCCAGAAGGAGGCCAAGCGCGGAGGACGCAGCGUCGUCUACUGCAAGAACGGACGCAGCCGCUCGGCCACCGUCUGCGUGGCGUACCUGAUGAAGCACCGCGGCAUGACGCUGACGGAGGCCCUGCAGAGGGUGAAGACGGCUCGGCACGUUGUGGAUCCCAACCCCGGCUUCAUGGCUCAGCUGCAGCGCUACGAGGAGGAGCUGAAGAGGAGGAGGAGAGCGGCGUCCUGAUGAAGAGCGGCUGAACCGUCCUCCUCGCUGCUCAGACAGCUCUCCGUCUUUUAGGGUCCAUAGAUGUUUGGGGAAGGCAGGAGAAACGCAGGAGUCCACAUAAAUAAUAAAUCUAAUAAAUUAGAGCUAAGACAGCAAAAGCUUAGGUUACUUACUGAGGUUAAGAACAUUUAAAUGACAUAAGAUCCAUAAAGAAUAUUGUUCAUAUUGUAUAAAAGUGACAUGGUGACAUAAAGAAAAUGAUUAGAAGUAGGGUUUUAACUUAGUAGCGAUUUAUUUUAUUAGACUACAAAAUAAAAAAAAAUCUAUAAGCCAGUGAAGCAACGUGUAGAAAAAAAAAAUCAGCUUUAAAGAACAAUAAUUAAUUAAUUUAAUCAGAAGCUAAACCAGUCAUAAAGAAGAGUAGACUUGUUUCUCCUUUCAAACAAAGACCAGUUAUCUCAGAUAUAUAAGUUAUUUUAGUUCUUAAAUGUGACAAACAUGUUACAUUUAUUGAAAUCCCUGUUUUUAUCAAAUUUUCCUUUUUAUUGAUUAUAUCCAGUAAUGUCUGCAGUUCCUGUUCUGGCCACAGGAGGGCAGUAGUCCCACAGAGGAGGUGGAGGCUGGACUGGAGCUCAGCAGUAAGAAAGCUGCUGUUGGAGCUUCUGGCUGUUUAUUUCAGACCGCCUUCAACUAUUAUUUAACCUUAACGUCUUAACUGACAUUAUUUAAAAGAAACACAACAAGUCACGCAAAGGAUUGUGGGAUUCCUUACAGCUCCUGGACGUCCCUGGGCUCAUAUGCUAAAGGAGCUAUGAGAGGAAGCAUACAGGCUCCUUUUCCUGCCUGUUAAGUUAAACUGAAGUGAUUGAUUUUUUUUUUUUUUUUUUUUAUCUCAAACUCCACAAAUACUAAAGAAAUAUCCACUACAGCGUGUCUUAAGAGCAGCUAUUAUUUUCAAGUUUUAUAAUUUACAUUUGCUAAAAAAAAAUACCUUAAACAAAGAAUAUAAUUAAAUAACUUAUUUUAGCUGUAUACCUUUGUGGAAAUAUAAUGCAAUGUUUAAUUUUCUUUUUGGAUCGCUACCUGUAACAAUCUGAAUGAGAACAAAGUUUUCCUCCAGUCUUUAUGUAAAACUAGCGAGCCGCCGCACUUCACAGCAUUAAAUAGUGAACGCUGAAUGGAGCUUUCAGCAGAUUUUAAACCAGAAAUCAGAGAGAAACUUUAAUCUGAGGAAGAAGUCAGCUGACCAGAAUAAUCUUCCUCAUAACGAUCGUACAGCAAACGGGGGAAACGUUCUGCUUUGGGCUCAGAUAAAUUAGUCCAAUCUGGGUAAAAACUGACUUUAGAAUCUCUUUGCCUCAGAUGUGAAAUGCAGGUUUGCUUUUAGAGGAAAAUCUACUCAGAGCACAAAUUUUAGUUAACAUUUUUUUUUUUAUCAACUUCCUAUUUCAAGCACAGCAACAGUUUUCUCUGUGCUUAAUUGGACAAAGAUGAAUGCAUUUCUUACAAACCUAAAUAAAAUAAAACCUCCCAUUUUGUUGGGAGCUUAUGUCAUAAGCAGGAUCAAAUGUACAGCCUGAAACUUGUAUUUAUUUAUUAUUUAUUUAUUCCCAUUUUGAUCCAAAGCACAACGUUAAAAGCCUGAAGAGGCCGAGACGGACAGGUUUCAGCGCGUCUCUGUGAGCUCAGCACUCUGUUUCCGUCCCAAACUGUGAAAUGAAACGCAUAAAACCUCAGGUUAGCAGAAAUACACGUUAAAAACCUUCAGCUUUUACUGGGUUCUGACUAAAGACGUGUCAGGAGGAAAUUUUCACCUGUGUGAACAUUGAUGCCGGUGUUUAAUAAACUCAGUGAGUCCAGUGUGUGAUAUGUGAAGCAUCUGUAGGUGAUGUUAGUGCUUGUUGUGACGUUUUGGGCUGGAUCUCAGGUGUGUCUUUCUUCAGCUUGAAUGUAUAAAGCAAUAAUUUAACAUAUCUCCUUUUAAACUGUGUUCAGUUUUAGCAGAUAAAGUCUCAGUGUACAACUAGAGUAAACGCCUUACGUGGAUUUAACACCUAAAUGUGAAAAUGUCCCUUUAACAAACUGUACACCUGUGUUUUAACUGAAUAAAGUGAUAAUAAAUUGAUUAAAUCAGUC